AUGAGGGUUGAUAGAGAUUUGUUUUAUAAGCUUGCGUCGGACGUGCCGGAAGAGCGAAUUGCCAGUGUUGUUGGUGUGGUCGGCAACCUGGAGAAAUUAUCUGUGGGUGAUGAGGGUGAGAAGGAAUGGGUUUACGUGGUGGACAGGCUGGUGAAAGGUUUAGAGUCGAACCGCAACAGUGCACGUCUGGGGUUUUCCAUGUGUCUGACCGAGGCGCUGCACUUGGUGUUGUCUCGAGAUGUGGCCGAGAGGCCUCGUUGUUUAAAAGAUGUUGGAGACUAUUUGAAAGCUGUGGACUCUCAAUUCCCUUUGAGUGCGGUAGGAACUGGCAAGGCAAAGGUUAAGGUCAAAGGUAAGGAUGAGAGAGGCACGCUCUUUGGGAGACUGUUUGCUUACAAGGUGUUGUUGAACGAGCCGUUGUUCUCACUGCUUUUUGAUCAAAAGUUUUUAAUCGAAUUUCAAGAAAGAGUGAUCCAGUUGGGGUCCAUGAAGAACUGGUUGCUUGAACCUUGUUUUUUCUCAUUGUACCAGGCUAUUGAGAAGCUUCUCCCUGGGUUAGAUCAAGAGUACGCUCAAGCAACGGUCGCGCAGAUCGAUGAGCACAAGUUGACAAUGACUAAUGAAGGACUCUCUGUCUAUUUGUUACUUGCUAAGAAGUUUACAUUAUCAGACUUCACGCUAGAGAACAGUGCAUGGAAGGCUAACGAUCCGCUACAAAAGGGAAACUUGAGCGUGAUGGCGAAGGUGAUGUUGGAUACCAACGUUGACGGUGCAAACUCCAACACCAACAAGAACUGGGCUCCAAGGUUGCACUAUAUAUGGGAUAUCAUUUUAAGAGAGUUCUUCGACAAUGAACAGCAUGGAAGCGAUGCCAAGCACGUUUACCAAAAAAAGAAACACGAUAAAAGUAAGAACCCACAAAGGGUCGAGUUCAAGAGUUUCUGGCAAGCAGUAGUCGAUGAAUCGUUCUUCAACGAUAAAGCUUCUCCCGAAAGAAAAUACCAAGGCUAUUUGAUAUUUCAAAAGGCAGUAGAAUCAGUCCCAGCUUCUGAAGUUGAAUACUGUUUCACUCAAAAUAUUAUGAGAUCUAUGAUCAAUCAAGCAAGUGAUUCGAAAAGAAUGCUGAACAAACUUUCACAAAAGACGUUAAAUACACUAGUCUCCAUUUGUGAAUCAGAACCAGCAAAAUUAACUCCAGUAUUGACUGCACUCUUGUUUUCUGAAGAAGGAUCGUUGAAUUUUGAUAUAUUGACGAAAUCAAAAACUGUCUCAAGAUUAUUAGCUACUAAGCAAAGUGACCAUCACUACUUAGCAACUUUGAUUCGCCUGUUCACUUCUAGAUUAAAUGUAAGUGACAAGACACCAGAACUCGAAGAGUUAAACCCAAGAUUAAAAUUCAUUUUGGACAGUUUAUUAAACCUAAUCCGUAGUCAGAAGGCACUUUUGGAAACUGAUAAAGAAAUCGUAAUGGAAAUUUUAGAGUCAACAAUUCAACUAGCUUUUUUUCAAAAAGAUAACGAAUAUAUUAACAAUAUUGCAAAGGAAAGAUUAUCAUCAAUGUUAGCAGAAUUAAUAGUUUUGCCAUCAACCGAUGGAUCUUGGCCAUACUUAGCUCUAGAAAUUAUUGUUACUAAAGAAAAAAGUGAAACUUUAAUUGAUUCAUUAGAUGAUAGUUUAGUAGCAGUUAAAGCAGAAUCCCUUGACAUUUUGAAGAAAAUUAGUGAAUUAAAAUCAAAAAGUUCUCAAUUACUGGGAAUCGAGUCUUUGAUGUCAAUGAACUUAAUUCAGUUGUACUCAGGCGAUGCUGAAUCAAUUGGUAUUAUCGAAGAUUUGACUACAUUCUACCAUGAAACAUCGAACCAUGAGACUGCUAACUUCACUGGAGUCACUGAGAUUUUGUUGUCACUUUUGGCUCAAAGAAAAUCGUUGCUGAGAAAGUUAAGUCUUCUUGUUUGGGAGCAAUUUAUUGACCAGAUUGGUAAGGAAGAGAUCAAUUUACUUCUGAAUUUCUUGCAUGCCAGAGAAAAUAAAGAGGGUUUUAGUGUUUUGUUCGAAAAUGAAGGUGAUUAUGAAGUAGUUGAUAGUGAAAAUGAUGCUGAAGGAGAAGAAGAUGAUGAAAACAAUGAAAAAGAUAACGACGACUCUGAUGAAGACUCUGAUGACGAUGUCAGCGAUGACGACGACGCUUCUCUGAGUAGCAGUGACACUGACAAUGCUGAUGAUGAAAAGAUAUCCCAGAUUGAUAAAGAGACCACAAGUGCAUUAGCAAAAGCCUUGAACUUGCCAGAUAAUAUUAUUAAUGAGAAUGGUGAAGUUAACAUCAAUAUGUUGGAAGGCAUGGAUGAAGAUGAUGACGAUGAUUCUAGCAGUGCUGAAGAUGAUGAUGAAUCAAUGGAUGAUGAAAAAAUGAUGGAAUUAGAUGACCAACUGUCUGAAAUUUUCAAACGUAGAAAGGAUGCCUUAUCGACUGUCUCCACUGGUAAUCAAAGAAAAUUAGAUGUUAAAGAGUCUCGUGAGAAUGUCAUUGCAUUCAAACACAGAAUUAUCGACAUGUUAGAAAUUUACAUCAAACAUAUUGAACAGUUAAGCUUGAACAGAGCCGAUGGUGGUAAGGUAGUCACCACCGAAAAAACCGAACAAACAUUAGCUAUCAUGUUAGCUAUCGUUGAUGCUUUUGCGAACUGUGUUCAACAAACUUUAGAUAAGCCACUUAUAGAAAAAAUUAUCAAAUUAUUCAAAGGCAGAUUCUCCAAGAUUCGUUUCACCCUUUUUGAAGACAUCGAAACCUCCACCGAAAUUAUGAACUCUUUAGAGCGUAUCCACAUUCACCUGAAUACCAACAAACCAGGUCAAUUUUCCGCUGCUUAUUACUUGUUCUGUUCAAGCACGUCAUUAUACCUAUGUAGAUUCCUGAUUGACACUACAGUCGAAGCAGAAAAAACCAAAAUGUUCGAGAAAUUGGUCGAUGUAUACGCUGCCACCACCAAGAUAUGGAUGCAGGAGGGCAAAUACGGCGCAAAGAUAUUUGUUGACUUUUACAAUUGGUUAGCAUCCAAGAAGCAACGCAAGGCUUAG